AUGUCUUGUCCAGACUGUUUUCGAGGGGCUGUCUCCACAACGCAGACGACCGGCACAGAAACUACUAUCCACGGCUUCCCUACUUAUGUUGCGCAACCUGAAAAUGGAGCUACAACGAAGGGUAUCAUCGUCAUUAUCACUGAUGCCUUUGGAUGGAAAUUUUCGAACAACAGAGUUCUAUGCGAUCGUUACGCGAAAAGGGGUGGAUUUCUAGUUUAUUGUCCGGACUUCAUGAGUGGCAGUUCCAUGGACCCCCGGGCUAUUGCUCUCCUGGACAACAUCAUGGAACCAGCCCCGUGGUUUGACACUAUUUUCUACAAGCCUAUAACCGCCAUCCAAUGGAUGACUAUAGCCCUUCCCUGGAUUCUUAAGACUCGUCUCCCGGUCACGAGAGCCCGAGUCUUCUCCUUCAUUCAAGCCCUGAGAACAUCUUCACCUCCAUUCCCAACCAAUAAUCUCAAGAUCGGUGUUGCAGGCUUCUGUUGGGGCGGCAAACACACUCUACUUCUUGCUCAAGACGAGCCGUCCUCUCGAGUACGCCGACAUAAUUCACAGAUUAAUUCUGCAAACCCCGAGCCGUUGAUAGACUGUGCCUUUACCGCCCACCCUGCAUUAAUCGAGGUCCCUCGUGACAUUGAAGACAUAGCCAUUCCGACAAAUGUGGCUAUUGGCGAUGAGGAUACGUUCAUGAAGGUAUCACUGGUCAAGCAAAUGAAGCACGUGCUUGAGGUCGAAAACAAAGGCAGCCAUGAAGUUACCAUUCUACCAGGCGCAAGGCACGGGUUUGCUGUUCGGGCACGCCCAGAUAAUGAGCAUGAGAUGGAGUGUGCAGAAAAGGCAGAGGUGCAGGCUAUUGAUUGGUUUACUCGAUGGUUGGCCCGAACAUGA